CGACGAUCGACAUAUAAUUGUACAGCGUAGCAAUAACCGUAUGCACUCUGCAGGGGGAUAUUUAUUUCAAGAAUCCGUCAUGAGAAUAUGACCUCUGUCCCCGAGCUUUUUGUAUAAAGCCAAGUGAGGGUUCCUCUAAAUACCCCUAUUGCUUCAAAUGAAUCAAAAGUCCCAAACACAGUCAAGAGAACAAUAUCAAACACCAACAAUGAAGCUGUCCAUCCUCAUCUCCUUCACAACCCUGCUUUCUUUGGCUGCAGGCUUCAGCCCCUGUAUGGAAAAAUGUGCCCUGGACAACAGGGGCACUACUGACUGCACUACCAUUAAAUGCGCCUGUCACGACCAAAAGCUCCGGGACAUCCUCUUCAAGUGCGUGGAGUCUAAAUGCAGCCCUGGAGAUCUUACUUCCGCAAAGCAGCUCGCGUCUCAGUGUCCGUAAAAAAAAUUUGCGAAGCCAAUUCGACCGAGUUGAUGGACGUUCAGCCUGGUUGAAACCUUUUCCGGUGCUUGUCUUCGUUCGUUGGGAGAUGAGGGACGACUGUGUGGGUAGAGCUUAGACUUGUGAGAAUAGGCUGUUCCAUCGCCAUUGUGAGCAGGUCACCAAAGUGGUCUUAUUCAGUGAGACCCUCCAUAAACUCGACCGGUCAUUUGACCCUUUCUCAACGGUAAGAACUUGAAUCAUUAGAUAAAAGUAGAGGCUGCAUGUGCUAUAAGGGUCUGCGUGAUAUGUUUUUUGUAGAUUGGCAGGUGUU